AUGCUUUAUAAAUCCACAGAGAUCAGAAGUUAUAUCCGAAUAUUCGGUCUCGUGAUCCCCUUAGCAAUCACAAGAACAUGGUUGUAUUUGACUACCACAGUCACAAGUUCAAUCUUUGUAUUAUUGCCGUUGGCAUUGAUUACGUACCAUCAAUAUUAUGUAACGUUAAUUCCUUUGGCCAACUCGCCUGUUAUCCCAUUAAACUUCACAGAAUCAGGAGUAAAUAGUCAAAAUUGGCAAAGUUUGCAGAACACAGAAGAUUGGGGAAGUUGGGGAUCUGUACCUGUAUAUCAAGAAAAUAAUGAGACUAAAGUAGAAGGUGAAACUCAGACUCUUAGUCAUGAUGAUGCUAACGUCAAAAUAUUGAAGCCAAAAACAUAUCUAUCAAACCUCAUAUCCCCGCAUUUUCGAAAUUACAAUUUCGAUGAAAAUUCUCCAUACAUUUUCAAAGUACGAUUGAACAUUAUUUGCCCAACCAAUAAUAACCCCGCAUAUGGUCAAAUGCCACAUUACAUGAGCAGUUCACCUAUGCAACCACCAUAUCAACAUUCUUCUUCACAUUUACCUACAUCUACAUAUCCUUCCCGUCAACUAAUCAAUAAAAUACACUAUAAUAUUCAAAACUCGGUUUUUGAUCAAUUUACACAGGGUUCAUUCAUCCUCAAUUGCGACCCUUUACAAAUAUACCAGCUGAAAAAUAAACUUGUGCCGUAUAAUUUAAGAUAUUGGGUCUCCCCAAAUGUGGUGGACUAUGCUCAAUCAAGAAGCAUUGAGCUUGAUGUUUUUGAAAUUAAAGGUUCUCAACUAGCACAUAACAAGCAUCUUCCUCGCAAUGGAGAAACUUUUCUGUUUGAUGAUUUUAGAAUUGAGAUGGACAGUCAAGGAGAAAAUAGCGGUGGUUACAUAAUUGAAGAUUACGUUUCCCAUGCAUGGUUUGAAAUUAAAUGGACUGGAUUUAGGUACUACCUUGUGAAAUACUACUACACUUUUUACAUUUUGGGAACAGCAGUGUUUUUUGCCAUAAUGUUGCUAGUGUCUGUUGUUACUGGGUAUGGAAUUUUGUGGAUAAACCAUAGAAGAAGUGAAGGAAAUAAAGGAAGAGGAUUCAAGAAUAGUGAGGUGGAUUAUUCGAGUAAAAUCAAAUCUGAGCCAAGAAUCAAAAUUGAAGGACAGAGAUGA